GACACCACCACCAUUAAACCACCCACUGACACCACCACCAUUAAACCACCCACUGACACCACCACCAUUAAACCACCCACUGACACCACCACCAUUAAACCACCCACUGACACCACCACCACCACCGCCACACCAUCCUCCGCGGGUUCAAAGAGCCACAUGUCCCCACAAAGAAAGCUGCUGUCAAGUGAAGACGACAUUUGCAAGCCAUUGAAUGAGGAUAACCCUGAUCCAAAUGACCUUUGCGUCAGAAUAAAAGAAGUCAUGGCUACAAUAGAGGAAGUGACAAAGCAGAUCAAUGAUGGCGACGUUACCGAGGAAACGCUGGACACCCUCACUGACCAGUCCGAGAAACUUCAGGAAGUGGUCAACGAAGUGGAGAAGAACCCAGAACUUAUUGAUGAAUACCAAAUUAACAAAGAGGAAAUGAAAAAGAAGACAGAGGAUGUUAAGAAGGAGGUUGACUCUGCCUUGGACACAGUGACGGACAAGAUUGACGGGCCAGGGAGCAAUGUAGCGGUGAUAGUGGUGGGGGUGAUUGGUGGCCUGAUUGUAGUAAUGCUGGUGGCUGCAGGUGGUUACAUAGGCUACAGGAAACACCAGCAGCGCCAGAAGAGACCAAAGAAGAUGAUGAAUUAUGAUAUGCUGGAAGAAGGUGGGCAGAAUAACCCAGCCUUCCAGAUGGACCGUCAGCAAAGUGGCCCAUCCCACCAACCACAGCCAGGCCCGCCACCAUCCCAGCCGUCCCCAGCACCCCGCCCUGUCUCCAUUCCUUCCCGUGGCGUUCCUGUACUGCCCCGUGUGUGUUCAAGGCCACCCUCAAGCUACGGAGAGGAAACAGGAUACAUCUCAGACUCCGCUUCUCGUCCCUCCUAUAUGGGUUCAAGGGCAUCCCACACCUCUCACAACACGGACAGGUCUUCCUAUCCUCCGUCAAGUUCACGGCCUAAGGGUCUGUAUCGAAUUGAUCCCUAGUAGAUGAAAGGUGUGUGUGUGUGUUCGUUCAUGAAGAGAGGAAAUGUGAGUGUAUUACCUUUCAGCAUGUCUACCUGACUCCUCCUAGACUACUUCCUGCCAUUAUUAUCAUUUGUAUUUUUUGUUAUCUCCAGUUUGGGAAGUAGUGGUGGUUGAGUGGUGGUAAAUGCUAUUAUUGUCUUCAUUACUCGCUUUGUGUUGAGAAUAAUGUAUCACUUUUAAGGGGUACUUCUAUCAGUAUUAUGAGAUGUGUGUGUGUGUGUGUGUGUAGAUAAUGUCAAUAGUGUUGCCAACUGGAUCUAUCUCAAAAAAAUUAAGAAAAAAAAAAAAAAGAAGAAAAGAAAUAAACGAAGUGCAUGUAGUUUAAGUUGGAACAGUGAUGACGACUGGAGGUGUUUCUGCUUCUGCUUUUGAAGUGGAGGUGAAGAAAGAACUUGGGGAGAGGUCUAGCUAUGGACUGAAGGGAAAGAGCUAGACGAUAUGAUGCAUACUGUUCACCUGCAGCAUGAUCCCAAACGAUCUCAUUAUUUUGUGAACAUAUACUUAAUUCAAUAUUUGGGCACGAUGAUUUUGAAUUACCGAUUUCAUUUGCACAUAUACAAUUAUACAACCAAUAAAUACGGAACAAAUGACGUUCAGUUUAGUGGUUCAAACUUCAUACAACAUUUUAUUCAUUGCAAUACUCUGGACACUGUAAUUAAGUUAUGUAUCACUGCUCUCCUUCUCCUCCUGCCUGUUUGUUGUUCAUGUACUGUACAAUGCAAACUUUUGGCAAUUAAACUUCUAUCAUCUGUUCUUCAAAUAUAUUUUGCUCAUCUAUCCAUACGGUAACUGCGCUAUUAUUUUGCUAGUAUUGAAUGCACAUUGUGUACUAUCAAUAAAAAUAAUGUUUCUGG